GCGAGCGGGCUGCUUUAGUACCACGUUCGCCGGCUGCCAAGGGGAGCCGCGGGGCGCUCGCAGGCUCGGCGCGCGCUGCUCGCGGGAGGACCUGCCGCUGCCCGGAGCCGCUGCCUCGCCGCUGCCCGGAGCCAUGGCAUCCCUCGGCCACCCCUCCGCCUUCGGCCGAGCCACCCACGCCGUGGUUCGGGCGCUGCCCGAGUCCCUCUGCCAGCACGCGCUGAGGCGCGCCAAGGGCGACGAGGUGGAUUUCGCCCGCGCGGAGCGGCAGUAUCAGCUCUACGUGGGCGUGUUGGGUAGUAAACUGGGGCUGCAGGUGGUGACGCUGCCGGCCGACGAGAGCCUACCGGACUGCGUGUUCGUGGAGGACGUGGCCGUGGUGUGCGAGGAGACGGCCCUCAUCACCCGACCCGGGGCACCGAGCCGGAGGAAGGAGGUUGACAUGAUGAAAGAAGCAUUAGAAAAACUUCAGCUCAAUAUAAUAGAGAUGAAAGAUGAAAAUGCAACCUUAGAUGGUGGAGACGUCUUAUUCACAGGCAGAGAAUUUUUUGUGGGUCUUUCCAAAAGGACAAAUCAACGGGGUGCUGAAAUCUUGGCUGAUACUUUUAAGGACUAUGCGGUCUCCACAGUCCCAGUGACUGAUGCUUUGCACUUGAAGAGUUUCUGCAGCAUGGCUGGGCCUAACCUAAUCGCAAUUGGAUCCAGUGAAUCUGCGCAGAAGGCCCUCAAGAUCAUGCAACAGAUGAGUGACCACCGCUACGACAAACUCACUGUGCCUGAUGACAUAGCUGCAAACUGUAUAUAUCUAAAUAUCCCCAGCAAAGGCCAUGUCUUGCUGCACCUCACCCCAGAAGAGUAUCCAGAAAGUGCAAAGGUUUAUGAAAAACUGAAGGACCACAUGCUGAUCCCCGUGAGCCUAUCUGAACUGGAAAAGGUGGAUGGGCUGCUCACCUGCUGCUCGAUUUUAAUUAACAAGAAGGUAGACUCCUGAGUGGCAGUGCCUGCCUGCAGCCAGCGACACUGCACUCACAAGGCCGACAACUGUCCCCACUCCUGUCGUUUUCGUUGACAAUCUACUGUGCCACUGUGCUACUAACUCUGAUAUACGAAAGUUUAAUUUUAAGUUUAAUUAGUUCAUUCUGCACCUUCCCCUCCCUCCCCUCAUGGUGGUACCUAAACUGUGGAUUUGCUAAAUGAAUUAAGUAACCUAGAAGAUAGAGAACAAAUGGAUUAAUGAAAGGUGAUUAAUGGUCGUAAGGAAACACACAGUUAGUGUUUGCAUUGUCAAUGGAAAAAUCAUUUACUUGCCAAUAUAUGCUGAAGAAUGUCUUGAUCAGUCAGAUAAGCUGGGUUUUUUUCUUUAUGUCAUUAUUCAUCUUUGCUUCCUGUGAAAUGCACUGGUCCAUGGAUUCUUCCUCUUUUUUUUCUUGCAAACUCUGAAAACAUUUUUCCAUUUAUUUUCUUUUGCUUUUCUCACCUCUAACACAGUCAGCUUGACCUCAGGUCAAGUCAGGGGUCUUGCCCUCUGGAUACCUUCCUGCAAGUUCACGCUGUCUGCCAUUGGUCUCCUCUGCCUCAUGACUACAUCUCCCAGCACCCCCCACUCUCCCUCAGAAGGGCACCUGGAUCCCUCAACAGAACUGUGAUCAAAUCCAGAGCAGCUGUUUGGAGGAGAGUUAACUGCACAGAGGCACAUCCUGACAGGGCUUCCCAGAGACCUAAAUUCCAGAAGCAGGGCACCACACCAAGAAAGGUAAAUUCAGCACUGGAUGGUUGCUAGGGAAUCAUAGAUCAAGAAGCUUGGAAAAACCCCAUGGGCACAACUGUUAGAAAGUCUUUAAGUCACAUUCCAGAAAUUUUUGCUUCAUUACUGGCCAUAUACAGACCUUGGGGAAGAGUCUUUUUUUUUUUUUUCAGCUCAUUCCCAUUUCCCCCCAUUGUGACUCACCCUAUUACCAGCCUUCUUCCCUUGGCAAUUAUCCCAGCUGAGCAAAGUUAUUUCUUCCAAAAGAGAUCUCAUAACUGAAAGUGAUUAUUGGCCCUGGCCAGGUAGCUCAACUGGUUCGAGCAUCGUCCCGAUACACACAAGGUCACAGGUCCGACUCAGGCAAGGGCACAGACAAGAACUAACUGAUAAACACGUCAAUAAGUGGACAAGUGGAUAUUUCUCUCUCCCUGCCUCCCUCCCCCCCCUUUCUUCUCUCUCUAAAAAUCAAUACAUUUUAAAAUUUUAAUGAUUAUUAAUGGUCUAGCGUGAGCCCAAUGAAGCAUGCUCAGGAAGUGAUAGGCUGGGUGCUUGAAACCAGCUUCUGACAAUGGGCAAUUCUUUGAAAUACCCAUGAGUAUUUACUGUGGAAUCCAGUGAAAACUUCUUUCCUCUCUAGCCUUUACGUUACACAACCUUACACUGGCACGGAGCUCUUUCGUAAAACAAUGCCACAGCAAAGGGGGAGAUCAUUGUCUUUCACUUAAGUCUGAAAGAAUUGGCCUUUUAGCAGGCCAGGGAAAGGGUACUUUCCAAGGAAUGGUGGCUGAUCCAGGCAUGUUAUUGAAUUUUCUAGUCAUCUCCACCUUUCCCACAUUGCCUGUGGCUUGUUUUUUAAAAAUAAGAAUCAGGAAGAUUAAGAAAUACUACUUCAAGCCUUGUUCUGCUCACCUGCAUGUUUGCGAUCAAGCAUUCCUUAUAUCUGAUGAUCAAGAGAGAAUUACCUUUAGUCAUUUCAUCUCCCCAUUAGUAAGUAAGACAUCCUUAGCUAUACUGUCUUUUUUAUUGAUUUGAUGAGUUUUUGCCAGAAUUGGAAGAAAUUCCUCCUCCACCUUCUUCUCCUUGUUGCUUAACUUCAAAAUUUAUUUCACAUGCAAAUAGCUAAUUAUAUACCUUCUAUGAACAGUCAAUGUCAUGUUCCCACCUGCCUUGUCAUGGGCGAGUAAUACGUUUUUGCCAGAGAGAGAAUGAACAUUACCCACAUGCCCAAGUUAAAGAAAAAUUGCCUUCAGCAGUUAUGGUUGCCCUUGGGGGUUCAAUGUGACCUACUGCUGGCAAAAGCAGAAAUCCCUUUGGGAAAGUUCAACAUCCCAAAAACAACCAUGGAAAAACUAACCCAAUCAGCUAGCUGGUUUGAGCACAUAAUUUUCAAUGUUUUUACUUCUAUCAUCUUAAAUUAUAGAACUAUUCUCUAUUAUGUUUUGUCAUCUGCAAGCGAAUAGAUUUUUCUCUUGAAAAGCUGAUUCUACAGAGGCUGUUUUCUCUUUUCCUCUCCUUUGCUUCUUUCCCUCUUCCCUUCACUUUGCCCCAAGAAAUCACUUAGAAUCUGUGUACCUCUUCUACAGAAUCUUAUCCCACACAGCUGCGCCACUAGGCUGGCUUCUUUGGACUACCUGUGCGAUAUGAUGAUGUGAAAUCUGAAUUAUGUGCAGCAUAGUAAUGGUACUUCUUUCAUCUUCUCAGCAGCAUAAUGUUAUCCUGGCAGGAGAAAAACAACCUGUGGCAUAGGGCCCCCUCUCAUCCAUUGUGAUUUAUAGGGAUAAACUAACAAAAACUGCUUUGUGACAUGAUAAAAGACAUUAGUAGCUGUAUUUAGGUAGAUAAAAGCUGAAUUACUUGGUCAGUCAGAUCCAAUUUAAUGAGGACAAUAUAGAGAAAGCACAUUAUUUAGCAUUAUUUCUUCAACUGUGAUGGAUUGCUAUAGAAAUCAACAGGCAGAUCUCGCCAAUGUGUAUUGAUCGCUCUUUUAAACUACUGUGAACAGAUAGAUUACUGAGGCCAUCUCCUCGUCUCUAAGGGGAGACAAUAGUCUGUAGAUGAAUACUGUGACUUAUCUAGAGCUGCAUGUUAGUCCUUGUAAUUAUUUACUCUUAACAUUCCACAGAACUCAGAUAUGAUUUCCACAUGGUGUUAGGUUUGUGCAUUUUCUUUCACUGACCAUCUUGUUCCAGCCAAUGUACGGUCACCCGCUCCGUGUGCCAAAACCAGUAAUGCCUUUCACAGCCCUUUAGUCCAGAGAAGUUCUGCACUGAGUUACUCCCUUGCUGUCCUGAUCCUACAAGUAUGCCAAUCACAGUGGAAUAAAGUGUCAGUUGUACUGUGACCAACCA